AUGGAGUUAGCCGGGACUGUUCCAAGGCUUUACCGCUCAUCCCGAUCCUACUCUAUUUUGGUUAAUGCUGUUGCUAUUAUUCUGGCCGCCGAAAAACCUCACUGCCACCACCUCUGCAGCGGAAACAGCCGCCGAGUCUUCUAUGAUGGAGUUUACCGCGAGUUGCUGUCGCUCUGGUCACCGGCUGUGACGUUGGUGUUACUGGAACCGCCACCGGUGCAGCUGCUACUUGGUUCCCUCGAGUACGGGACGUUCUGGUCAUCAUUCAUGGACUUAACGAACACAGAUGAUAAUAAUAAUAAUAAUAAUGGUGAUGUUGUGAGAGGCUUACCUGGCCAGCCUGCUGUGGAUUUUGAGCACUAUGCUGGCUAUGUUACUAUCAAUGAAACCAAUGGAAGAGCACUCUUUUACUGGUUCUUUGAGGCCAUUACCAACCCAGAUGAUAAGCCUUUGGUCCUAUGGCUUAAUGGAGGACCUGGAUGUUCUUCUGUGGGAUAUGGAGCAACACAAGAGAUUGGUCCAUUUUUAGUGGACUCUGAUGGGCAGGGACUCAAAUUUAAUAACUUGUCUUGGAACCAAGAAGCCAACAUCUUAUUCCUGGAAUCUCCUGUUGGAGUUGGCUUUUCCUACUCAAACACAAGUAGUGAUUAUGAUCAAUUGGGUGAUCAAAAGACAGGUCCAUUACUUUAAACUUAACAUAAUUAAUACUAUUUGAUUUGUUACAUGCAAACACAUGCAUGCAUAUCUUUGAUUUGUAACUUGUUUGUAACAGCUAAUGAUGCUUACACUUUUCUCCACAACUGGUUCCUCAAGUUCCCAUCAUAUAGAACAAGGACUUUUUACAUAGCAGGGGAGAGUUAUGCAGGUAUUUAUUCUAUAUAUUCAUUCAUUCCUGCAUCUUAGUUAUUUGUUAAGCAUCUAUGUGGAGCCAACAAUUCUUUUCUUGCUUUAUUCACUCUCAAUUUACCCCUCUGUUAUAUAUUUUGUUUCUAUUUUUUGUCUUUUUAAUAUAUCAUGCCUCGGCAAUGUUAGCAGUAUGAAUUGUGAUCUUAAGCAGGAGCUUGACAAGUUGAGGAAAAGGUUCGAGUUGACAGAAGCAGAGAAUGUUUAUCUGAACAAGUCAAUUGAGAGAAUGGACAAAGAGUUGCAUGAAGCCAAAGACACAAGUUUCCAUUUAAGUCAUCAAAUUGAAAACUCAGAAAA